CAACUCAAGUGGGCGGAGCCACAGAAGACCUUUUCAAUCUCACGCAGGCAGGCACGAGACCGAAAUGGCGGCGCCAGCAGAGAGGAUGGAGAUUUCUCAGGGGGAGAGCUCAGCCAAGCCUGCAGCCGAGGAUAUGACAUCAAAGGACUACUACUUCGACUCAUACGCUCACUUUGGCAUCCACGAGGAGAUGCUGAAAGAUGAGGUUCGCACUCUGACUUAUCGCAAUUCCAUGUUCCACAACAAGCAUCUGUUUAAGGACAAGGUGGUGCUGGAUGUGGGCAGUGGGACAGGCAUCCUCUGUAUGUUUGCUGCCAAGGCCGGAGCCAAGAAGGUCAUAGGGAUAGAGUGCAGCAGCAUCUCAGACUACGCUGUGAAAAUUGUCAAAGCCAACAAGAUGGACGAUGUUGUUACAAUCAUCAAGGGGAAGGUGGAGGAGGUGGACCUCCCAGUGGAAGGAGUUGACAUCAUCAUAUCCGAGUGGAUGGGCUACUGCCUCUUCUAUGAGUCCAUGCUCAAUACGGUCAUUUAUGCCAGGGACAAGUGGCUGAAGCCAGAUGGAAUGAUUUUCCCCGAUAGGGCAACCCUUUAUGUUACUGCCAUCGAAGACCGGCAGUACAAGGACUACAAAAUCCACUGGUGGGAGAAUGUGUAUGGUUUUGAUAUGUCGUGCAUCAAGGAGGUGGCCAUUAAGGAGCCCCUCGUGGAUGUGGUGGACCCAAAGCAGCUAGUCAGCAGCGCCUGUCUCAUUAAGGAGGUGGACAUCUACACAGUGAAGGCAGACGACCUGACCUUCACCUCACCGUUCUGCCUGCAGGUGAAGAGGAACGACUACGUUCAAGCUCUGGUCACCUACUUCAACAUCGAGUUCACACGCUGUCACAAGAGGACCGGCUUCUCCACCAGCCCAGAGUCUCCCUACACCCACUGGAAGCAGACCGUCUUCUACCUGGAUGAGUACCUGACUGUGAAGACCGGGGAGGAGAUCUUUGGCACAAUCAGCAUGAAGCCAAACGUCAAGAACAAUAGGGACCUGGACUUCAACGUAGACAUCGACUUCAAGGGUCAGCUGUGUGAGGUGUCGAAGACGUCUGAGUACAGGAUGCGUUAGUCUCAGUCCCUCCCUGUGUUAGUGUGUCUGUAGUAGAGGACAGAUUAUACUGUUUGACUUGGAGUCUCUACGAUAGUUUGACGCUCUCCAUGCAGCAACAUUUUAAUAUCUGUCUUUUCUUGUCAUUUUCUUGUUCAGACGUUAACAGUAUUUAAAAUAUUUUCACAUGCUUUGGGGUCAAAGUGCGUUGUCCAGGUGAUGUAGUCACUCCGGACAAGCGUGGGACAUGUACUGCUGUUUGUGUCCUUUGCAUGUGUAAGUGUCCCUGUUGUCGUCUGGAAAACCAACAUGUCUGCCUCGUUCGCGCCUGGCUCCCUUUGGCCCUGGGUUUAGUCAUCACAUGACCCAUCUUCUGAUCUUCUGAUCUUAUUUUUCAGUCAGUUUUCAUAUUGGUGUAUUCUCAAUCCCUGCCGUUUCCACCUGUACCCGUUAAUUAAAAACGUCUAUGGAACUGACAAGUGAACUGUCCACCGAAGACCUAUUCAAACCAGACACCCACUGUGGUUCUGGUGGGGGGAGGGGGCUCAAGCAUUCUGGUUUGGUCUUCUAAAAGGAGCCAGAUCAUGAAUACCAUAAAGUGUCCAGCGUGUCCCAAACUACAUACUAAUUCUAUACUGUGCAGACUUAUUGCUUCUAGUGUUUUAGCAUGUAGUUAACAUCUCAUACAGGUAACUGCAUGUGUAUGUUGGCUGUAUAUAAAACCUGUAAAGUCAAUUAUACAAAAAUGUGUACAUAUAUACAUAAAACUGCGUUUCUCUAAGGAGAGCAUCAAUGGCAUCCUUUAAGGACUGUGGGGUUACUGUCCUGCUUAGAAUCAGUGUGUAGUGUAAGAACUGGGACGACAUGCUUCAUGUAUGAUGCAAGCGUGUCCUGAAGUGUGCCGCUGAGGUUUGGUCUACAAGAUGUGUGAAGAGAAGUGCAGUGAAGCAUGGUGGGGGGGAUUCCACUUGUUUCCUGGUACAAAGUGUCUGUCUGCGCCGCUCAUCAGAUCGUAGUCGCCAUGUUGGCACUGUGCUGAGGUCACUCACCAAGUUUCUCUUUUGUAUUUUUGUUUGCUGCUUUUUAAAAAAAUGAAUAAAACUCAUCUGUAAAUGUGAA